AUGUUUGAAUACAUCGGUUUAAUAGGGAUAAUCUACAUUGGUUAUCGUUUAUAUCGAUAUCUGUAUCCACCGCCUAACGUUGCUUCAAAGGGAAAAUAUGUUUUGAUUAGUGGAUGUGAUACAGGUUUUGGUGAAAGUCUUGCUGUUGAAUUAGAUCAACACGGAUUUAAUAUCCUAGCUGGUGUUUAUCUUGAAGAUAAUAUUGAACAGUUGAAAAAACAGUUAUCCAAACGAGCAGUGAUAUUCAAAUUGGAUGUAACAAAAUCUGAAGAUAUCGAGUCGUGUUUCAAAUUGAUUCAGUCAAAAACACCUUGUCUGCAUGCUCUGGUCAAUAAUGCUGGUAUUGGUAAAGGUGGUCUCAUCGAUUGGAUUUCAAUGAAUUUUUAUCGUCGUAUGAUGGAUGUUAAUUUUUUUGGACAUGUACAAAUGACAAAAACAUUUUUACCAUUACUUGUAAAUCAACCUGGUUCAAGGGUUGUUAAUAUUACUUCUGCUGCUGGUAUGUAUCUACGCAUUUUUCAAUUUAACAUCGAUGAUGAAUGA